GACAGCCACUCCAUAUGGGCUAGACUGAUUGAUUCCAAUCGAUAAGUCAUUCAGAGGUACCUCCAACCUCACUCCGUAUCUUAUUCCAUAUCGCGCCACCUUGAUUACCGUGUUGUGUUUCCACACCUCAUACCCACAUUCUCUACGUCUAAGACUUCUCCUCCAGCUUACCUACCAUCAUAUUGGCCUAGUGAAACCUGUUGUGCGGGGUAGACAACCAUGGCGGACCGACAGGCAGUCCAACAAAACCUCAAUGGUCUGCUCUCGAAACUGGAUGAUCCAGAUCCUGACAUGAGAUACAUGUCGCUGAACGAUCUCCUGGGAAUCCUCAACAGCCCCACCUCUGCAUAUUUGGCUCACGAUCAGUUUUCCUCGUCACGGCUGGCCGACGGCUUGCUCAAUGCCUUGGAUGAUCAACACGGCGAUGUUCAAAAUCAAGCACUAAAAUGUCUGGGUCCACUUGUGAAUCGACUGCCUUCCGAAAGCCUCACUACCAUCCUCGAAAAGCUCUCGAACUUGACAGCAUCCCAGACCAUCGAUACCUCAGUUCCUAAUACCGCUCUACGCGUCAUUGUCACGGCCCUUCCCCGCCCGCAAGCUGGGCAACCACCUACGCCAGACAUUUCCAUAGCUUACUCCUCUGUCUCCAAAAUUCUCAUCCCUCGGUUGACCGGUCCUACACCAUCUCAAUCUGGUAGAAGGGGCUCCGUCAUCAAGGGCAUGCUAGAGAAAGAUACUUCUAAGGGAUUCAGCAGCGAUGCGAUUGAUGUUUUGAUUCAAGUUGUCACCUGCUUUGGACCACUUCUCAAGGAAGCCGAGUUAACGGCUCUCCAGAAAUCAGUGAUGUCUAUCAUCGACAAUGACACAGCUGGUACCGUAGUCACGAAAAGAGCGCUGGCCGCUAUUUCCGCAUUGGUGCCACAUUUCUCAGAAGUUCAGUUUAGCUCGUUCGUCGACGAACUCGUCAAGAGGUUCAAUAAUCCACAGAUUAGCGUCGUGCACCGAAGGCACCUCAUUGCCACAGUCGGUAGUGUCGCAAGGAGCAGCCCGGCCAAGUUCGGUCCUCAUCUUCCGACACUCGCUCCGUUUGUUUUUGCUACCGUUGGUGAAGUUAUCGCGACUUAGAAUACUAGAUACAAAAAGAUUAAUGAAAAUAGCUGAAUGAUUUCUUCGGAUACCCUCCGUCGCACUUCCAUCUAAUGACCCAGUAUCUUUUACCCGCCAUUUAGCGAUCCCUAGCAUUUCCGACGAAAACAGUGGCUUCCGGAUAAAACUCAGAUAACGGUAUAUUAACAGGUAGGAUCAAUGAAAGCUUCUGCUAUCAUAGGCUAGCUCUACCAAUGCAGGAGAGAUCAGGACAAUAUUACCGUUGAGCUUUUACGACUUUCCGAGUAUAUAAGGCGAUCGAGCUAUAUUAUUUCAAGUCUAAGGGUAAUCGAUUGGUGCUGUGAGCUAGAACAAGGACGAAUUAUUGCCAGCUGAAAGGUGUCAUUAGGAGUUGGAACAUCAUCCCUGCUUUUUAUAUAUAUCCGGAGUUGAGCUUUGAGUUUGUUGCUAAACGUUAGCACUCGCAAUUGUUGAAGACUUGUAAUAUACUGCCAGGUUACCUCAUUGAAAUGCUUCCACUCCUUUUCACCUCCUUUAUUUUCUCCUAUCUUCCCUUUCUUGUUGUGUCUCUUUCUUCAUUUGGUGAUACCUGGCUCCACAGAACCGGGUAAUAGCAUAUCCUUGGAAAGUCUGAAUAAGAAAAAGAAUGGAGCGUUC